UUGCUGUGCUAUUUUCUUUAUUUUUUUUGUUGUUGUCACAGGCGUCGUAAUUGGCAAGUUGUCUUCUAAUUCAAAGUCAGCGACAGUUUCUUGUGCUCUGUGUGGCAUAUUUAUUGUAUUGUUGUACAUUUUUGCAACUGGUUGAGUUUCCAAACAGCUCAUCAGCAAACAAAGAAACGCACGCACAAACACACACACACACACACACACAUAUAUACAAACACACGCAAACACUGCAAUUAAAGGCAGGUAAACGAACGCAAAGGGAAGCGGAAACUCUCAGGCAGGGACAAUAGAAGUGCUCUGAUAAAAACUCAAAAGAAUUAAGUACACGCACAACUAUGGGCCGCAUCUUUCUGGAGCACCUUGGCGGCCUCAAGCUGUUCAACUGCGCCCAAUGCCACACCAAUUUGACCAAUCGCAGCCAAUUAAUCAGCACACGCUUCACUGGCGCCACGGGACGCGCCUAUCUGUUUAAGCGCGUGGUCAACUUGACGUUCAGCGCCAUUCAGGAGCGCGUGAUGCUCACGGGCCGUCAUAUGGUGCGCGAUGUCAUGUGCAAGAACUGUGGCGCCAAGCUCGGCUGGAUGUAUGAGUUUGCCACCGAGGAGACGCAAAAAUACAAAGAGGGACGCGUCAUUCUCGAAUAUGCACUGAUCAAUGAGGCGGAGGGUUUCCCAUCGGAGGCGGGCGGCACCAGCCACUGAACACACGAGCGUACCUGCAGCUCCAGGCCAAUAAAGCGUGUGUAGCCCUAAGUAUUGAAUAGCAAGCCGCAGGCGAUGGCUUCUAUAGCAUAUGUAAUAAUGUAAUCGAUCACCGAGGUCCUUGCAUCGACAACUGGCUAGUGUGUGUGUGUGUGUGCGUGUGAGUGUGUAUAGCUAGAUAUCAUGUCGAGUUCGUUAACGUAUAAUUACAGCCCCUGUCAGCGUUACUUAAACGUAGUUUAAGACAUUAGCACAUAAGCAACUGCGCGGCGCCCAAUUCUAAAAAUACUAUUUAUGAGGCUGAACUGCUAAAUCACUCCCACCUCCUUCUCCCUUCGUUGCCGUGUGGCACAACGGAACUACAUUUGUCCCCCUUCUUUUUUUUUUGUAACUUGCAAUUAUCAUAAGGAACACAUAUGUGUCCGUCGUCAACAACUUCAUAAAUUAAUAAAAUAAGAGAUCUCUAGUUAUCUUUAUA